AUGGUUGUUCUCUCUCAACUUUCCGAAGGAUCUUCAUCUUUAUCAUCAAUUCAUGGUCACAUAUAUGACAUAUUUUUAAGUUUCAGAGGUAUUGAUACUCGUAAUAAUUUCAUCGCUUACCUUCAUGAAGCUCUCACCAAAGCCAAUAUCACUACAUUCUUGGAUAAUGAAGAGAUUAAAGCUGGGGAAGAUCUAAAACUGGAAUUGGAGAGUGCUAUCAAAGCAUCUAGGGCUUCUAUUAUCGUAUUAUCUAUAAAUUAUGCUACUUCAACCUGGUGUCUUGAUGAGUUGGUGUUGAUCCUUGAGCAACGUAUGACAUCCAACCAUAUUGUCAUCCCUAUCUUUUAUCAUGUUGAGCCUACCCAUGUUCGGAAGCAAUAG